UAUUUGUGAGAGUCGACUUGUGUUCAUGUGUUGACUAAAAAGAUCGUGGCAAUGAUGUCAGACGAUGCGACGGAGGACGUCGCCUUAACGUUUGGAGAGGAUGAUUUGGACCCGAAGCGGCGAAGACUUAGGCAUCCAUUUACUGUGGCAGUUCAUCUCGCAUUCCGGAUUCUAGCUAUUGUUGUUUACCUGUUGUGUGGUUGGUUUAGCAACAGUUUUGUAACCAGCUUUGUUAUAAUUGUUGUGCUCUUGUCUGUCGACUUCUGGACGGUGAAAAACAUUUCUGGAAGGUUACUGGUCGGCCUGCGAUGGUGGAAUUAUGUUGACGAGGAUGGUGAAAGCCAUUGGGUCUUUGAAUCUCACAAGAAUAAGAAUAUAUCUUCAUUAGAAUCACGAAUAUUUUGGCUGGGUCUAGUUACCACUCCAAUCAUAUGGAUAUUUUUGCUGAUCACAUCAUUAAUAUCCUUGAAAUUUCAAUGGAUGAUCAUUGUAGCAGUUGCAUUAAGUUUAAGUUGUGCAAACCUCUUUGGGUACAUAAGAUGUAAGAAAGAUGCAUCAAAGAAAUUGAAAAGCAUGGCUGGAAAUUUUCUGGGACAGCAACUGUUAAAGCAGGCAAUGGCAUCAACCGAAGAAAACCAGCAAUAAAUCAGAGUUAAUAUCAUGCAUGGGGACUUAAAAGACUGAGCUUCAAACACUUAGCUUGACAUUUGGGAAUACUUAAACCCAGCAUUAAAAACACUAGACACAUACACUGUAUUUAAACAAAAGAAUAGGUAGCAUUAUUUAAACGUCAUUGGUUUGCUGUAAACACCUAAUGCAGUUAAAAAAACUUUUCAGGACAAUAGAAAAUAAGUAAUUGAACAGGUAAAUUUUGU